ACUUCAAUAUCAUAUCGUGUCCGUUUGUGAGGUGACGCGCGAAUGUGCUGCCGCGGCUCCGUUAAUUUAAGAGAUAUUCAAAACAACCGCGAGUAGAGCCUUGCUUGUUCAGAGUUCCGUACGCCAUUGUGUUUGGCCUCAGCUCAGUUACAGUGCCGUGGCUUCUCCCACCGGUGGGCAAGGAGCAUUCGUAUUUACCUGUACACCUACUACGAGCUAGUGUAGGAAUUAAAUGUAAAAAUAUGUUGAUAAGUACAUCCUUCUUAUCGAUAAAUAAAUACAAAAUAGUUAACAGCUUUAUUAUAAAAUAGGGAAUGUCAUAAUAUAUUCUUCAUUGUUUGCUGAAAGGACAACAUUGACAACAGACAUUUUCCCCAUUCUUGCAUUGAGGUGCAGGAUAUACCCAUAGGUAUUUGCUCCAAAAUGUCAGAGUACCGAAGCUCUGCAUUUUGCACAAACAGCCAAGUUUAUAUCUGCGAAAUCGACGUGCGGCUGAGAUUCCUACUGCAAAAAGUUUUAAUAAUAAUUGCUGAACAGUUUUUCAUGAAUCAUAACUUGUCGAAAUAAAAUAAAAAUCGGUUAAACUCACUGUUGAAUACAGAAAAUAAGUGGAAAAUAAGCAAAAUAAAAUUGUAGAUGUUGCAGUGGAACGCCGAAUAUGAAUUUGCGCUGUCGGAAUGUGUGAGCGAGAGGGCCGCGGCAGAGUGUGCGAGGAGCGCAGCGCGUGCCGCCGCCGCCUCGCUCUGACGGGUUCGUGUGUUGCAGGGGGCUUCCUGGCGGCGCCGAUCUACGACCUGCAGCAGGUGGGCGAGGUGCACACGGGGCCGGGCGCCAAGUGGUCGACGCUGGCGGGGCUGCUGGGCGGCAGCGGCACGCGGCUGACGGCCGAGGCGGCGGACGCGGUCAACCGCGCUAAGAAGUACGCCAUGGAGCAGAGCAUCAAGAUGGUGCUGAUGAAGCAGACGCUGGCGCACCAGCAGCAGCAGAUGGCCACGCAGCGUACGCAGGUGCAGCGCCAGCAGGCGCUCGCGCUCAUGUGCAGGGUGUACGUGGGCUCCAUCUCGUUCGAGCUGAAGGAGGACACCAUCCGCCAGGCCUUCCUGCCCUUCGGCCCCAUCAAGUCCAUCAACAUGUCGUGGGACCCGGUGACGCAGAAGCACAAGGGCUUCGCGUUCGUGGAGUACGAGAUCCCCGAGGCGGCGCAGCUGAGCCUGGAGCAGAUGAACGGCGUGAUGCUGGGCGGGCGCAACAUCAAGGUGGUGGGGCGGCCGUCCAACAUGCCGCAGGCGCAGGCCGUCAUCGACGAGAUCCAGGAGGAGGCCAAGCAGUACAACCGCAUCUACGUGGCGUCCGUGCACCCCGAGCUGACGGAGGACGACAUCAAGAACGUGUUCGAGGCCUUCGGCGCCAUCACGUACUGCCGCCUGGCGCACGGCGCCAGCCAGACCAAGCACAAGGGCUACGGCUUCCUGGAGUACGCCACGCUGCCGGCGGCGCUCGAGGCCAUCGCGUCCAUGAACCUGUUCGACCUGGGCGGCCAGUACCUGCGCGUCGGCCGCGCCAUCACGCCGCCCAACGCGCUGGCCGGCCCGCCGCAGGCCGGCGUCAUGCCCACGGCCGCGGCCGUGGCGGCGGCGGCGGCCACGGCCAAGAUCCAGGCCAUGGACGCCGUGGCCAGCAACGCCGUGGCGCUCGGCCUCACCAAGCUGUCGGCGCUGGGCGUGCCGCCCGCCGCCGCGCUGCCGUCGCUGGCCGCCGCGCUGCCGCUGCCGCUGCCGGUCACGCUGCCGGGCGCGCUGCCGGUGGCGCUGCCCGGCGCCGUGCCGCCGCUGCCCGUGGUGCUGCCGCCCGCGCUGCCGGCCGCGCUGCCGCCCGUGGCGCUGCCCGUCAUCCCGCCGCCCGGCGUGGUGAUCCCGCGCGCGGCGCCGCCCGAGCCCGCGGCCGUGGCGGCGGCGGCGGCGGAAGGGCUCGGCCAGCAGGCGGCGCUGCAGCGCAAGCUGCUGGACAGCUCGCCCGACACGCUGCAGCAGCAGGAGUCGCUGUCCAUCUCGGGGCAGUCGGCGCGCCACCUCGUGAUGCAGCGGCUGAUGCGGCGGCGCGCGUCGCGCACGCUGCUGCUGCGCAACAUGGUGGCGGCGGACGAGGUGGACGAGGCGCUGCACCACGAGAUCCAGGAGGAGUGCAGCAAAUGGGGGCGCGUGGAGCGGCUCGUCAUCUACAACGAGCGCCAGAGCGAGGACGACGACCCGGCGCACGCCAGCGUCAAGAUCUUCGUGCAGUUCGCGGAGGCGGAGGAGGCGGCGGCGGCGGCGGCCGCGCUGCAGGGCCGCUACUUCGGCGGCCGCACCGUGCGCGCCGCGCUUUACGACCAGGACCUGUUCGACCACGGCGACCUGUCGGCGUAGCGCCCGCCGCGCCGCCGCCAGCCGUAGUGCGUCGCUGCCCCGCCCCAGCGACCCAUGCUUCCGGGACAACGACAAGUGUGCGCAGGGGAAUAUUACGAAUAAACAGAAACAUAAUGACAAAUAACACUCCUCUACGAAUGCGUCGCGCAGUCGUUUGAAAAGAAAUUAAACAACAAUGGGCAAAAUGCUCUUCAUCGCGAUGCGGCCACUUCUGGAACUUAUUUACAUCGAUGUAUCUAUGAACAAAAGUUGUUAUGAACCAAAUUCAUUCUUCCUUAUUGAAGAAGUCAUAGACAUUUUGUCUGUUUGUUCGCCAGAACAUAACUUAGUUCCAACUUCCGAUACCAGUUUCAAGUUUUAAAAUAAUAUCCUUUGAGCACACUUAUCGCCUCCACCCUGUAUACUCUAAGAUUUCAGACAACUAAAGCCGUUCUAAGUCGUCAAAUUUUAUUUUUAAAAAGGAUAAUGAGCAUGCAUGACUUAAAUGAAAUGAAGUGAGUUAAUGUGUUUUUAAUUAAAGGAUUUUAUUUAAAAAAAUAUAUGACAAAGGUGUAUCCUUAUAUAAUUAAUUAUCCUGUAUUAUAACGCGAUCAAGAUGUUUUUUCGCAUUUACACACCGAACACUAGAGCGAAAUUUACAUUACGAAAUUAGUGGCAUGAAAUUAGUUUCACGACAUUAAUUUCGUUAUCUAUUGCACGUUUAAAUAUCUUAUUUCGUAAUGCAUUCAUUAUGAAAUUAAACGUUUACACGAGCAUUCGAUAGUGAAAUUAAUGUCGUGAAACUAAUUUCGUGCCACUGAUUUCGUAAUGUAAAUUCCGCUUAGUAACCAUAAUUUUAUUUAUUGCGGAAACUUUUUAAUAUUUGUAAUACUUAUUUAUUAAAUGAUUAAAAUCUGGACAAAAUAUUUC